GUAACACCGGAUCGAUUAUUUUUAAUAAAGUUUUAUACGUAGUUUAUUGUGCUAAUUCCAAGAAAUGGCGCAAGACCUUAUGAGUCAGUUUUAUGGGUGUUUCAAUUUACCUUUGCAAGAAAAGAUAAUGGAGUUGAGUAGAAUCAUAGAGGUAGCAAUCCCUAACAAGGAUUUACAGACAUUAUUCCCUCAACUUGUUAAUAAUAUUUUUGCAUCUUCGUUGAAUAAUGGUUGGGGAUUGAAUUCAGUGACAUAUGAUGGAAACAGAAAUUUGUUUGAAAUGCUUAUAAGUUUCUUGGAACCUCAAGGGCCUAUGUUUCAAUUGUGCUACAAAUUAUUAUCAGAUCCUCAGUUGAAGUAUAAUCUGCCGCUUAAUAUUUUACCUCUAGAUUUACAAGUGACUUUAGAAAGAGGUCGUUGUCCACAAUUUUAUGCUGAUAUGUUGACUGUUGAUCCUCAGUCAUUGAAAUUAAAUGUUGUUGGUUUGUCACUUAAUCCAUUUGAUUAUUACAUAUUUAAUUUUGCUUUAUAUUUAAUUAGUAAUAAUCAUAAUAAAACAUCCUGGGAGAAUUGGAACAGUGUUUACUUUGCACUGGCAUGUGACUAUUUAACACAUUUCUUACCAACUGAUCCAAAUGUGCCUGUGUUGCCUCAUAUACCACACUACAUGGGCAAGGUGCCAAUGGCGGCCCCACUUCAGACAGCAAACAGACCUCUAGGCUCACCAUCAUUGCUUCUCAUACCAGACUUGUCAGGUAUUAGCAACCAGCAUGCAUCCGCUCAAACACAAUCUAGGAAUGAGGUGUGGCGCUCAGAAACUGUCUUACAAGUUUUCAUUGACAUUUGGAUGAGUAUUGAACAAUAUAGUAAUGGAAAUAUUGAUAAUUUUCAACAAAAUUAUCCAGUCCUCACUUCUAGUCCAGAAAGAGUGAGAACAGUUCGUGUUCUCGUGAAGCACAUUCAUUCAUUUUCAGCUAAAUAUCUAUCAGAUCUAGCGACUCGUUCGUCGGCAUUACGAAAAUAUGCACGACAAAUCAUGUGUGCCAGAGCUUACCAUUAUGUGAAGCAUUUAGUAACAACAUGGCCUUUAGAUGCAUCAUUUAGAUUAGUGAUAGAAUUGUGGUUGAGUUUAAUUCAACCAUGGAGGUAUAUGGAUAAUGCAAUCUCACAGGAAAGAUUCCCCAGAGCACAACCAUUUCAAGAGGAAAGUAACUCCAAUACUCUAGAUGCAAGCUACACCCAGUUCAUAGCAGAGAACUUCCCAACAUAUACAUGCAUUUUCCAAUUGGUUUUACCAAGAUUUAUGAGACUCGAUUUGACCACAUACAAGAAUGCUGUAAUGUUGUUCCGUUUGGGAAAGGUAUUUUCUCAACAACAUCUUAUACCCAUUUUAUGGAAUUUAGAAAAAGCAAUGAUGGAUAAUACCUCAAGUCUACAAAACAGUCCAGAUAAUAGUUACAGUAAUAUUUCUGCUGAACACAGUUACACAUAUAACGGCAUUUCCUUGAGUAAAUGGGUUGCUAUCGCCAAACAAUCAAUUUCUGAACUAAAUGUGGCGGCUAAUUUUGAAUAUUGUCCUAUUUGGUCUGAAAAUAAGAAAUCAUAUAUGAUGGAGUUUAUAAAAAAAAUUCAUACAGCAAAAUUAAUAGCCGAGAAGAAUGUUGAAGAAUUCAAUAAAAGAAUAAAUCAACAACAACAAGGCUUUUGGGCAACGGUGAAGCAUUGGCUGCUUAUAGUAAAUAAAGAUGAAGAUGAACUCCUUUAUGAAGAAAUAAAGAAAGUUCCGGAUUAUCUUAAUAACUGUAUACAUUAUUUUUGUAAUAUUUUUGGGGUAAAUGAUAAUAUGUUACUUUCACUAGAGACGGGCAUAGAAGAUGUUUCUCAAGAGGAUGUUUCGUUUGAUAAUUCAUCCAACUUUGCACUGUCUAUAACUAAUAAGUUGAGAAGCAAACCUACGUCAAUAAAUUAUAUGGGAGACCCAGAUUUAAUGCCUAUAACAAGCUACGAAAAUACCAUAUUAGUGAGGAUGUUUUAUCAAAUUGCAUCAAGAUUAAAUGAAAUCUAUGGAGACGAAUUUAGUGCAUGUUGGAAUCGAAAUGAUUUUUGGGGUUACGUGGCACGUGAAAUAUUGCAAAAGCCGUGUACGAUCCAGACUUACGUCCGGGACGCGACAAACCGCAACAACGUUGUCCGUCACGAGCUGCCGGCGCGACUCUCUCUGCGUCGUCUCGGCUCACAUGUCUGCAUCGUGUGGAUAACUAUCGGAUAUUUACUUUUCCUAUUAUACUCCAACAGUGUCAUCUUAUAUGUUAUGUUCAUAUUUAUAAUGUGGAGCGUUUAUAUAUUAAUUAAAGCAUCUUUGAAAAUGUUAAAAAUUAUG